AUGAACCGAUCACAGUUUAUCCGCUUAGCCGAGGAGGGCUCUCUUUCGUCCUUUAAUACCGACUCUUCUCCCCUCCAAGCUUCUGUAAUGCCCGUUGACAACAGUGACCACGGCUCUGUUACCUAUGAUGCCAACGGUGAGGCCGGUGGUAGCAGUGCUGUACCCACGUUUCCCCCUGUUAUCACGGCUGGAUCUCGUUUUCGUGGUCAUAAGGAGGUCGACAUCAAUAAGUGGGACGAAGAGGCUGCCCAGCAUCUUCUGAAUAUGCGACGGCCUCCGGGGGAUCUCUUUGAUUGCCUACGUCCCUGGCGGAAGCUUUGUCAUCUUCGAUACCCCCCUCCCUCGCAAAAGAUGGCAGAAAACGUGGAAAAUGGGUUUCCAUUGCCAUAUGGGGUGGUGUGGUUCGUUCGUGACUGUGCUGGAUGUGUCUGUAUGGUAUUUACCUGGCUUCUGAUAGCGUAUGGCGAAUUCGUUGUCGCCUGCAUCAUUUUACCACAAACUCCGUCCAUGGCAAUCUCUUGGAUUUUUGGAAUAUUAUACCACAUAUUCGCGUUCCUCGCUGUGUUUUCUCACCUCAAGGCUGUGUUUACUGAUCCCGGAACAGUACGUCUCGGCAAUGCUACUCGUGACGCCGUCAUGCGAAUUUAUCUGGCUUCAGGCUCUAAUACCCCGCUUGUUCGCUGUCCAAAGUGCUUUUGCAUCAAGCCGGAACGAGCCCAUCAUUGUAGUUGCUGUCGGCGUUGUGUGCGAAAAAUGGACCACCAUUGCCCCUGGGUGAAUAAUUGCGUUGGCGAAGGGAACCAGAAAUACUUUGUGCUUUUUAACCUUUACAUUUUCCUUCAAUCACUAACUGCGAUUGUGAUGAUAGUCACUUUCUUCUUCUCCUGUUUCACCGAAUUUGGAAUGUGUGAGUAUCCGGGCAGUUACAGCGCCACAGCGGCAUUAAUCAGCAACAUAUUCUUCAUCUCCGAAGCCAUCUUCUUCGGUCUCUUCACUUGCAUCAUGUCGUGUACCCAGGUGUCGGCGAUCGUUUCGGACGAAACUGUGAGUCUCUUCCCGUCUUCCCUCUGCCUCUUCUCUGCUUCCCCCACUGGGCUGGCAACCUGUGAAAACCACCUGAUUCCGGCAUUCGCUCCAACCAACGCCUCCUCCACCUCCCUCCCCUCAACCAUGUUUGCAGUAGGUGCGGGAUUUGAGGCCGUUCUCUUCGGUCUGUUCACUGCUGCUAUCGGCGGAACACAACUCUGUGCCAUCUGCAAGGACGAAACCGCAGUGGAGAGCUUGAAACGUAAUAAAGGAAUGGCCAGACCGCGUAUCUCGCGUGUAGAGGCCCUGUCAAUUGUGUUCGGUCGGCCUUUCUCUUGGCGAUGGUUCAGCCCGUUCCACUCUCCGGGACCCAUCACUCCGGUCAUGCCGCCCUCGCCCACCGCCGACGGUGAGGCACUGCCCAGGCCAGGUGCCGAGGGCGCCUCGAGCUAUGAGAUGCAGUUCCAGCAACAACGUCAGAGCGACGUCUACCUAGUGUAA